GAAAUACUCCAAAAACUCCACGAACUCACGAAGGAGUCCGGAAAAGACUUGGGCAAGAGAGCUCGCUCGCUAUCACCAUCUGGAACGCACGUUCUACCAUCGGAAGUGCUGCGCAAUGUCCGCUACGCAAUUCGUAGCCGUGACACGGAGAUCAUGCAGCUGCAACGCAAGAUGAAGAACGCGGAUGCGCAGAUCAACGAGCUGGUGGCACGCUUCGAGAACACCGAGGAGGCCCGUCGAAGACUCGAGAGACAACUCAACGACGCCAAGAAGGACGUCGAUGCGCAAGCCAAAGCAGUGGAAGAUGCGACUCGUGAGAUUCGUCGUCUGGAGGAGCGUUUACGUACCGCCGACUCGGACAAGACCGUCUCAGAGAAUGCUCGUAAGCACCUCGAAGACGAAAUCCGUCGUAUGAAGAUCUUACUCGAUCAAACGGUCGCAGAUGGUGAGCGUAAAGCUCUCGAAGAUGCCGAAAAUCAAAUGCGUCUUCUCGAGGACGACUACAAGAGUCGAAUCACCGAGCUGACACGUAAGAUCGACGUACUACAAGACGACAACAAACGUCUGAAGGGUGAUCUGGCUGGUGUGAAGGAUAAAUUCCGCAAUCUGGAGAUCGAAUACAAUUCAACCAUUCGCAAGAUUGAUGAAAAGGGUGAGCAGUCAUAA